AUGGCAAAGGUAUGUCCUGGUGAAGCUCCCCAAGUUCCUUCUGUCACUCCCUACUUGAGCUCAUCAAAGAGAGAAACAUACACCAUUUGGAUGAAAUCACUUGUAUGCAAUACAAAUGGUUGCACUGUCUAUAAUUCCAGUGGCCAGAUUGUUUAUCGAGUUGAUAACUAUGACAGAAAGUGCAGCAAAGAAGUUCUUCUCAUGAAUCUCCAAGGAAAGCUUCUGUAUACCAUUCGAAAAAAGAAGCUGCAAGCGUUUGAACGAUGGGAUGGCUAUAAAUGGAGUGGGUCGUGUAAGUUUAACAAGGAAGAGAAGCCUUGGUUUCAAGUGAAAAGAUAUAGCAGAAUGCUUAUGGGAAGCUUAGCUUGUCAAAUCACAGUAGGGUUUGAAAAGUAUUGGAUAGUGAGACUGACAGGCAAGACUACUGCAGGGUAUAGAAUAGUGGACAUUGAUGGAGGAGUUGUUGCAGAGGCAAAAAAGAAGCUGUCGUCUUCUGGGAUAGUUCUGGGGGAAGAUGUAUUAACUUUGGAGAUGGAGACUCGUAUGGAUCAUUCCCUUAUAAUGGCUAUUGUUACUGCCUACGGAUCAAUUUGUCGCAAAAUGUAAUUAAGAAUAUAGAAGCGUUGCUUCUGAAUCCAUGUUAUGUUGUGUCUGUCCCUUUCAAAUGCCAAUUAUAUGACUU